AUGGCUUGGAACUCUUUUGUUCUUCGCGUGAUGUUGCCGAUUAUAAUGGUCAGCAUAGCACGGGCGAGAUCCUUGCCACAGCUUUGGACUGAAGAUCAAAUUGCCUUUGAAGGAUCUGCAAGAAGACCGAGUGGAAGCUUACGGCAGCCUCUUCGCUACGCUGUCUUUGGAGACUCAUGGGCAUCCGGCAUAAACUGGGGGCCGCCAAGUGCCGAGGUUGAAUAUAACUACCCGGACAGUGAAGAAGUGUGCCGUUGCCGGCGCGUUAACGAAGCAUGGCCCGUCCAGCUUCUCCACGACAACAGCUCGUGGGCGCGGAAGUACGACUUGGAGCUUGACUAUCAAGCAUGCUACGGUUCGUGGUUUGCUGAUGUAUUCGAUCAAGUGCGUCGCUUGAAUCAGACGAAAACCCUUGACCUGGGCUUUCUGAUGAUCGGUGGCAACCCAGGCGGAUUCCCAAAGAUCGUGGAAGACUGCGUCUUUCAAUUCGAUCGAGGCAAGGACUAUGGGCCUGAGUAUCCUGAUCCCGACGGCUCGUGUUACAGGACGCUUCAGAAUGCCCUACAAACGGUUCGUUCCAUCGAAUUCAUCACGGGCAUGUUGAGCUCUGUGUACGCGAUCUUGAACGAACCCCACAUACGCAGAAAACCAAACUUCCGCCUGUUCGUGGUCAGCUACGCCGACCUGUUCAACCACGAGGACGAGGCCUGUUCGCAGAUGACGUUCGGAAUCUGGGGCGGAAAGCAGCCACGGCUGACGCGCGAUCUUCGCAUCGCCAUCGACGCGGUCAUCGACGAGGGCAGGAAGAUGUACGAUCUGUACCUCAACCACCUCGUCCUCGAUCCGAGGGUAAGCUUUCUCGACGCAAACGCGGUUCUGGAAGGCCAUCGAUUUUGCGAACCGACGUUGAACGGGACGAUGGAACAGAUGAACGAGAAGUCGUGGCUGUACAAUCUUGAGUGGCCGCAGUGCAUUCCGUACGCACAGCAAGAGCAGAACGAUGUAGAAGGCCCGGCCAAUGAGUUCGCAAUUCCCGGCUUCUGUAGGAACUGCGGCGGUUUCGCCGGCCUGGGUGAUUUCCAGAGGCCAUUUCAUCCAAAACACCAGGCCCACGAGGCAUACAAGAACUUCUUGGUAAAGACUUUGGAGAAAGAGUUUGCAUGAUAUCGUACAUCGUCAUGCCGCCUUGUACCUAUCUUUUUGUUGAGGGACUGUUUCAUCAAUUUCCGCGAGACUGAUAAGCUUUGCGAAACUUUUGAGAAAGAAGGUGGUGCGAGCCGUCUGAAUGGGGCUAUGAUUCAGGAUAGGAUGCGAAUAGGGAGCGCUAGUCAUUGAUGACAUCGUGGAAAGUUUGCGCAACGAAGACGGGAAGAAUUACUCCAGCAAUGCGAAUUUCUCGCUCAUAGUUCAUAUAGAUACCCAUUCCUUGGUGUUGCAAAUUCGAUAUUCUAAUUACGG